CAACAGGUUACAAUGAACACCCGACUGAAGCCAGAACACUGCAUAUUUCUGCCCCAGAGGUAAAACUUCUUUGGAUGGCCAACAGACAAGGAGACAGGAGCUGUCUGAUUGGCUGAGUCUGAGGGAAGAGGCGUGAUGUCGCCAGUGGUGGAUGAGACGGCCGGGGAUCUCCCAGUCAGAGAUGUGGGACUGAUGAGGGGCGGACUGAUGCCAGCUGUCCCAGAUACUCUACGUGAUGUGAAGCCAUGGAAGAAGCAUCAUGUCAUGAAGACAAAAGCCGAUCCUCAGCGUCUGUUUCGGUUUCCCAGAGAACACCUGGAGGACCUGUGUCUCAGACUGCAAGAGGAAAACAGUGUGCUAAGACAACACACACGUACUCAGGAGCAGAGGCUACGCAGGAUGUCCACCAGACUGAUGCGUCUUCGUCAGGCCCGUCCUGGGUCCAGCGGUGUGAAGGAGAGGGACAUGGAGGACACCAUACAGGAGCUGGAAGCCCGCGUGACUAUGCUGGAGAGCCAGAAAGGUGCGCUGCAGAACAAACUCAGCCUGGCCAAGCAGCACAUCAUGGACCUUGGGGGGCGCACGCCAUACAAGUUAAGCAAAGGUAAAAGUUUGGAAGUGGAGGGUGGAGUCAGGAGGGCAGCACAGACUGCCCCACCCCGCUAUGGCCCCACACUGGAAGACACAAGGACAGAGAUUGAGAGAUUCAGGUCCAGUGCGACAGAGCAUGUGAGGAUUUCAGAGCUGGAGCUGACCGCCCAGAUGCUCAGAGACACGCUGAGAGACAAAGAGAAGGAGAUCGAGGGAACCGUACGAGAGAUCAGGAAGCAGCAGGCUGACCGGCACAGGAUAACCAUCAGAGAGAACGUGGAUCUGAUCCGUCUACAGAAGCAGCUUUCAGACAAGAGCACUGCCCUGAGAGUCACCCAGGAGAAGUUCAACAACCUGCAGGAGGCAUAUGAGAAUCAGCUGGAAGAGAGUCAGAGGUCGCUGAGGGAAAGCCAGGGAGCUCUGCUGGAGAAAGUGGAGGAGCUGACCGAGCAGCUGAAGCAGGAGAGACAGAGAGCUCUGACACUGGAGGGACAACUUAACACCUCUACCCUGUCUCUGCAGGCUCUGGGCAAGCUACAGGAGAGGAUAUCAGACCUGGAGGGAGAGAGGGAUCUAAUAAAAGAAAACUAUGACACUCUACUGGCAAAUACUUUGUCUGGGCAAAGCAGCCACGAUGGCCGGGUGGAAAAACAAAGACAAGUGGACCAGAACUGGGAGAAACGGGGAGAAAACAUCUGCGGGACGGACGUCCAGAGACUGGAGGAGAGGCUGCAGGCAGAGAGUGAAGCGAGAGGCAGGCUGGAGCUGGAGAAGGAGAAACUGAGACGAGAGAGGGAGAUACUGGAGGAGCAGAGGGAGCGAGAACGAGAGUUUUCUGUGAUGAUGAGAGACAAACGAGAGCAUCUGGAGCAGGAGGUUCUCCAGUACAGAGAGCAGGUUUCUGCUCUGCAGGACAGACUGGACUCUGUUACCAAGGAGUUUGACAUGAGCGUUGAGGAGCUCAGUGAAACUCUUUUGCAGAUCAAGGCAUUUAGGAUGCAACAGGAGAGCAGGAUGGGGAUGCCUUUCACCGGGGCUGAUGGGAAGGUGGAGGAUUCGCCCCGUGAGCUGGUAAACAUCCAGGCGUCGCAUGCCGAGACUGUGCUGGAAUUAGACAAAACCAGAAACCUUCUGCUGCUGGAGCACCAUAUCAGUAAAGACCUGCAGGAAGAGUUGAACACAGUCAAACAGAAGAUGGAGAGAGAGAGAGAGGAGAGCAGGAGGAGAAUGGCAGAGAAAGACAAACUUUUAUCAAAAAGAGCUCUUCAGAUCAACACUUUACAAGCUCAGUUGAAAGAGUUAGCUUACAGCCCCAGGAACUACAAACGGACCAUACCAACACAGUACACCUGGCCAGCUGCAGACCAGGAGGUGGUACAGCCCAUUGAAGAUGACAUGUCUUUUUCUCAGCUGAGGGCUGGAGAGUCAUUGUUGGAGAUCCACCUUAAGGCCGCCACCUUCACCCCAGCAGGGCUUCGUACUAUGGGCAGCAUCCGCCCAGGAGUGCAUGGAGGUGAAGACAUCGUGACCUUCUGCACCUACAGCCUCUUGGACUUUGAGGUGCACUCCACUCCUCUGGUGUCAGGCAGCCAACCCAGCUACGGCUUCACGUCCCGCUACGCUCUAACAGCCCGAGAUCUGGGCAGGCUGGGAGGUCAGGGGUCAAGGAUCAGAGUGGAGCUCCACCAGGCGUUAGGAGGGGUGCAAUUUGUGACACAUGGAAGUGGGCAGCUGUCCCUCAUGGGUGCCAUGGAAAGGAGAGCGGAGCGCAUCAUUGGGCGUGUCAAUAUCACAGGCUCCCAGGGUGAAAUUGCCGGUGUUGUGGAUUACUGGGUGCGCUUGUUUUAUCCUGCAGAGCCCACAGACACUGUGCUAGAGAGAGUAGCUGACCGGAGAACAGCCACACAGAGGACUCCUGUGCAGGUCUCUCUUGGCUGGCAAGAUGCUGGUCAUGAGGAGUUGCAUGACUAUGGUGGGGGGAUCCCCAAUGAGCUGGUGGUGAUGCUGGAACGUUGUGUGGGUCUUAAUUCUCGCUGGCCGGGACUUCUUCCUGACGCCUACCUGACAUACAGGUUGUAUGACCUGCCGCCUCACGUCUCUCAAACAGCCCAGUGCACCGCUGACCCGGUGUUCAAUGACACCACCAGCUACCCACUAGCAGUAACAAGUGACGUGUUGCACUACCUGAGGUCCAGCAGUUUGUGGGUGUAUGUGUUUGAUGACAGCGAUGACCAGAUACCACCAGCCUAUCUGGCCAAGACCCCCAUCCCACUGCGAGCCCUGGCCACAGGCAGGGAGAUCAGAGGUGACUAUGUUCUGAGGGAUCCAGCUGGUGGACCUCGGGGCAUGGUCAGGGUCAUGAUGAAAUGGAAGUACCCGUUCCAGCCAUCCGUGGACACCGUGCUGGGUGGACAGGGAAGACAGAACAGAGCGAUGGAAAGCACUGAGAGGGAAGAGAGGAGGAUAGAGGAGGUUGAAACAUCACAAAGGCCCAUAGCCAAGCCCAGAGUGAAGAUGCAGCUACAUGAGGCAAGAGAAACCAAAGCAGUGCAGAAAGAGACUAAAGCUUGGCCUCAGCCUCCAGCUGUCAAACAGAAAAGCUCACAGAGCAUACAACCAGAGCUGGCCACACGCCAGUCCGCAGACAGGAAGAGAUCCAGCAAGAGGUCACCUGACUUUAACCAGCGCACGCCCCAUGUGACGCUUGAGCCACGACUGACCACGCCCUCUCACUGGCGAACAAGGAAAUCUUCAGAGGGAACGUCUUCCAGACAAACAUCCGCCACACAGUCGAGGAGAAGCUCUGCCAGCGAUGCCAGGACUCAGGACCUUCCCUCCGUGGAUCAGGUGUCGGUGGAGGAAGAGGAGGAGAGCGAGAGUGCAGCUGCAGCAGCAGACAGCGAAGCCGCAGAAUCAGGUUCUUCAAGUUCCACACAAAGUGACAUUAUCAUCAUUCCACCUAAACGGAAAAUGAGAAAGGGAGACAAGCUAAGAGUGGAGAUUCUGUCCCUGACAUUUGAACCGUCCUCGGACGUGGCGUUGGACAAGUCAGUGCAGCGUGUUUAUGUAGAGUAUCGGCUGCUGGGCGUCCCGAUGGAGACGACAGAAACACCCAUGUCCCUCCGCAAACCCAGAGAGGGGGAGGAGAUUCACUACAACUUCACACGAGUGAUUUACGUGGAUGGUUCACAGUCAGCUCCACUCAGACAGUAUCUUUACACCAUGCUGGAAGGCAGUGACCCCAACCAGGGCAGGUUAAAGUUCACGGUCGUCAGUGAGCCAAUGGAUGAUGACGAGGAGUGUGUGGACGUCGGGCACGCUUUUCUGGACCUACAGGAACUGCUCCUCACAGGAAAUGAUGUCAUCGACCAACAAAUUGACAUCAUGAGUGUGGAUGAAGACAAGGAGGUGAUUGGACAUCUGAAAGUGUCUCUGGAAGCAGCAAAAGCUCUAACUGGAAUAUACCAGGAGUUUCACCAGGAAAACGAGACCAAGAGGGAAGGUGAGACAGAUGAAGACAAGGAAGAAGAAGAGGAGGAGGAGGAGGAGGAGGAGGAAGAAAAGGACGAAGAGGAUGAAGAGAAGAAAAAAGAUCCAAUACAAAUGAUAGAUUAUGAUGAUGAUGACAGUGACUUCUACUGAAAGCAAUUAGAAU